AUGGAAGUCGACGACGAUGCCAGCAUAGUAAGCGACGACACAAACGCCAUCAACAACAUCGCUCCCGAUGGCGACGUUAUUAUGGUGAUCGGCCCUAAGGGCAAGGAAUUUCGACUUCAUUCGCAGAUCUUGAAGGCCGCUUCUAAGGUCUUCAAAGCUAUGCUCGGCCCGAACUUCGCCGAAGGCCAGCAGCUCGUCAACAAUAGAAGUCAUAGCGACCCGGUCAGGAUCAACCUUCCCGAGGACGAUGCAUACAGCAUGGGUAUCCUUUUUGAGCUCGUUCAUUAUCGACAUGAUGUUCUUUCUGACGCCGACGGUGUCACACUUUUCGACGUUGCGCUCGCUGCCGACAAGUAUGAUCUGAUCCGUGCCGUCAAGUACCCGAUCACCGAAGCAAUGGAUGGCAUCUUGUUCACCGACGAAGAAAGAUGCGAAGAGGAGUCCAUGUGGAAGCUAGCUAUUGCUGCUUCAAUUUUCAAUUAUGAUCCCAGCUUCAAAAAGGCCACUCAGGCGUUAGUUUUGUUGUCUUUGGAUGGAUACAUUAGAUUGGCCGACUUAUGGUAUCAGGACCAGAUCUUUGCACUUCGCCUCUGCGGCCUUCUCGAAAACCAACGAGCAGAGCUAAGACGGCUGGUGAUGCGCAAACUUAUGGUUGUCUGUGCGUGGUACAACGAUGAAGACAACGACCAGAGGCAGAGGACAUCUGGCUCAACCAUCCUGAGAUUCGACAUACAGAUGGACUCUCCUGAGUACUUUACCGAUUCAGACCUGCAGGGAGUUCUCGAGACCAUAGAAAUUUCUGAAUACUUCAAUCAAUUCCGCGAAAAUGCUGAGGAUGAGGACGACAGAAGCAUCGAAUGGAUGAAGGAAAUCGUGGUAAAGGCGGGGCUGCAUCUGUCCAACGUGCGUGCCUAA